CUGAGCGGUUUCAAUCUGGAAGCUGCUGAGCAUCAUGCCUCUGCCGCGACGCCGUUCGUCCUUCCUGGGACAGGCCACAGCGGAGCGCCUGGUCCCAGCCUCCAGUGGGCGAAUGGGUGCUGCCACACCUCGUGGUGUCUUUGUGGGCUCUGCACCAUCAGGAGACAUGGUUUCUGGACUGGGAACACGGGUGUCCCGCAGAGCUCUGGGAAUAAGCAGUGUGUUCCUGCAGGGAAUGAGGAGCAGUGCCACCCCAGUUAUGCACCGGCCAGCGGGGAGCGGAGCUGUAACCGUUGGCCUGAACAGCUGCCUUGUGGAGUAUCGGGACAAGGUGAGGGCAUUGGAACAGCUAAACCAGCAACUGGAGGACCAGAUCCGCCUGAGUCUGGACCGCAAAGCAUCAUGCGCUGGAGCCUGGGAACCACUGAGGAAGGAGUGGGAGGAGGUCUACAGACAGGUCAGUGAAGCCAUCUUGGAGAACGCUCAGCUGAUGCUGCAAACGGAGAACCUUCAGGCCAACGCAGAGGACUUCAAAGACAGGUACAAGAACGAGCAACCUUUCAGGAGUGCUGUGGAGGAGGAGAUCAGCUCCUUGUACCGAGUCAUUGAUGAGGCCAAAAUAACAAAGGCAGAGCUUGAGCGGCAGAUGGAGAACAUGAGGGAGGAGCUAUGGAGCCUGGAGCGCAACCAUGAGCAGGAUGUCCGUGCUCUUUACAAUCAAAUGGCGGGUCGUGAAGUGGACGAACCCGAUGCUCCCAUAGAAACCAGUCUAGACCAGAUUUUGUCCUACAUCAGGAGCCACUGGGAGAAGGUGACAGAGAAGAAUCGAGCUAUAGCAGAAAGUUAUCUGGAGUGUAAGGAGGCACAAUGUGUGGGCAGCAGCCUGAGUCAAAAGGAGGAGCAUGUGGAGGCUCUGAAGGCUGAGUGCAGCGAUGUCAGCUGUAGGAUCCAGAGUCUGCAGGCUGAGACCGAGUCCAUCAGAGCUCUGAAACGAGGCCUGGAGAACUCGCUGACGGACGCUCGGCACUGGCACAGCGUGGAGCUUCAGAACCUGGGCUCGGUUGUGGUCAAGCUGGAGGCGGAGCUUGAUGACGUGCACGGUGAGAUCGAGCAACAGCGCCAUGACUAUGACAUGUUGCUUAGCAACAAGCAGCGACUGGAACAGGAGAUCAGCGUUUACCACGGAGUCCUGGAUGGAGAGGAAAACCGCUUCCUGCCGGAGGACAGUGCCGCCAAGCCGUGUUCAGGUAUGCCCAGAGAGCCUGAAGAAGCAGCUGUCAACUCGAAGACUGAGGGAACAGAACCUCUGGGACCUUCAGCCCACUAACCCCUAGUUUCCUCUGACGAACGUGGAUUCUGUGAGGUGGACCUGGUCUUACCUGGACAGGUGUGCAGGUCUGAGGGUUCAGCCUGCAGCACGGCCUUUCUGCCAGGUGUGAAUGUGGAGUGCUUCAGGAGACGGCCCUAUGCAGACCUCAAACUUCUGAUUCUGGAGUCCAGAGACCAGAAACUGUUCUUUAAAGUGAUGACUGUUUCCUGUUUGGUGCUUUCAAAAUAAAAUGAACAAAGGUGAACCUAA